AUGUCGUUGAAAGUGAGAAUCGUCUCCGGAACUGUUGCGAGAAGACUUACAACCACUCUCGGGCAGUUCCAUGCCAUCACUUUCUGCAUGGAUCGUCCCUCAUCAAAGCACCAAAGUACUGUGUGUCCGUGGUUUGGGUGUCCAGAUACCCACCAGGGCCAAGCAAACUACAAAUCGGCCGCGGACGAGUACGGGGUGGACUCAUCACUGGACAACAUGGCCAGACAAGACGUGCAGGAACGGGGGGGUGCUGUUGGACGAGAAUGUGUGGUGAAAGUGCUAGACAGUACUAGCGGCUGCCAAUGGUUGAUUUUUUUCGAGCACGCUGCCCUCACUCUCACACAUCUCUGCCAUUCUGACGGCAAGAUGGUGUAUCUGACAGGGAUGUCGAUACCAACCGCUUUGGGGAUCCCUUCGAUGCCAUCUGACUACUCAUUUCGACAAACACCCAGCCGAUCCGGAUCCGUAGGGCCCUCCCACGGUCCCCAAGACCAUGGCACAAGCUCGCCCUUUAGAUCAUCUGGCAACUAUGCUCAGGAUUUUCAGUCCAGUCGUGGAGGAACACCCUUCGACCUCUCUGCGGACAGCACCUCUAUGUACAGCUACGCGGGCCCUCCAAGCGGAUAUGCGUCGACAACCUCGUUCGGUAGAUCUGGACCGCUUCAACGCUUCCUACCAAAUAUGCCGACCCCUCGCAUGACAAACACCCCCGAGUCUUCCCAGAUCCCCACAGGAUCAUCUGGCACAGAGUUGCUUGCACUUCAAACAGAAAUUAAAGUCCUGCAUGUAGCGCUGAAGGGAAUUCUCUCCGCUAUCCCGGAUGUGCUUGCAAUGAGCAAUGCUCAGUUGCCCGACAACUUCACAGUGCCCGAUCCGGCCCCCAAUGCGAAACGACUUUACCCGAGCAGCAACACUGUUGCGAACGGACCCCUGCGUGUGCGUGAUCCAUUGCCUGCUAUCCACCGCACGGACGUCCCUUUAGUUACUAUAUGGACCACACAAGACUGGGCCGACACGCCAAAGGACGAUGACGCGACCGAUCCCAAUCAGGUCAAGAAGAAGAAGGGCAAGACGAAUGCUUACCUCGGUCACAACAUGACAAUGAAGUACGUCCAGGAUCAGCAAGGUAAGGUUAUCGAUGGCUAUUAUGCCUCCGCAAUUCGUGACGCUGCCUACCAAAUCUGGUACGAGCUCUUGCUCCGGGGCAUAGCCCCUCCCAAGUGGUCGCAAGUGUCUCUUGGCGCCUCCGACUUUUACUACCAGGAAAUGGAGUAUAGAUUCCCCGAGCUGCGUUUCUGCGGUGGACCACCGGCACACUGGAAGUCACGCCAUAUCGCCAGGGACAACUUUCCCGCUUUCGUGCAGGGUCUCUCAAGAAAGAAUAUGACGCACCUGCUGCGGCCUCUACCAUAUGGUGCCAUUGGACCAUCGAUUACCGCCGAAGGAGAUCCAUCACAAGAGCAGGAAAGCGAGGCGGAGAUGGUGUUGAUAUCAGACCUCCCGACACCAUUGCACGGGAAGCGCUAUCCACCAAAGAACGCUGUGUCAUCUACAACAACACCAAAUGCGGCCAAACGACAAAGACGCCUGCCUGCACCUGACACCACGACGGCCCCCACAAUAACCACAAUUAUACAAGAUCCGUUGGCCAACCUAUUUCUGCCAACGUCACCUUCUCAGACUCUCGUGACCCCUCACACAGACGUUGCAGCAGGCAGCAAUAUGGGCACUCCAGUUUUGUCACACGAGAACAUUCCAGUACCAGCAAAUCCAUUGCCACACAACGAGCACCUUAUGGGAAUACCGCUGACGCAGAUUUUGGAGCCUGCCGUCAACCAGAGCACUCGCAAGAGCGUACCAGCAGAAUCAUUACCCCGGCACGCCAUGGCUCCUACCACUAACGAGCAGGAAAUCACCGAGCGCACUGUCGCCCUCGAUCAUGCAGGGGUUCCCAACAACACACACAACGCCGCAUCAGAUGGACUCAGCACCAAUAUCAUUGCGGCACGCAGCACGCACACGGAGAUGAGCGCCAUCGCUCGUGCACACACCACCGCUCCUACGACUGACACAUCACUUAAUCUAACAGCCUGCCCAUUGCCAGCCACCAUGAUCCCUGGUCCUGCAACUGCAAUUCUGCAACCGGGAGAGGAAUCGGGUACAACAGGGCCAGCUCCACCCACUACUCCUCCUGCGGGAACACCGGCUACAAGCGAUCGCUUGUGGCCACUACGAACGGUCACUGGAAGAAACAUCUGUGGGUUUCGAUGGAAGGAGAAGACGCCCAACGCGAGCAAGCAAGAGUUUGACUUGUAUUGGAAGAUGUUACCCAAGCCGGAAAAGAAGGUGUAUAACGAUGAAGCAAAAGGACUGAAAGCCACGCGAAUCGCGUAG